GUGCAGUCUUAUUAGGAAAUCUAAAUCAAAGUAAAAAAAAAUUUUUGGGCUAUAUAGUUUAGUUGACAAUACAACAGUGUUUCGUUAUUCAACCUUUAUUUAUCCUGUGCGUUUAGCAAUCGCGUUCUGAAAUUCUAAAAAUCAUCAAAAGGAGAUCUGGCAUUAAAAGCAUAUUUUCUAGUUUGCGUUUGAGAACAAGGAAAAAAAUAACAUGCUGUUUAUUAGUUUGGUUAUGUGUUAAACUAAGGUAAAAAAAUUUUCAUCUUAAAAACGUUCUAUUCCCCAUGACAAAAAUAGGACUCAACAUUUUUUUUCCAAAAAAAACUUUAUUGUAAGAAUUUAGAGCCAAAGAGCAUUGUCAUGCACACAUCCAUUAGAGAAACUAAUAAAACUCUGCAAUGGAGAGUCGUGACAUACGUUACACGUUAAGUGAAACUACUUCUUUUUAUACGUUCUGAAAACAUAGAGCACAAAGAAAAUUAUUUUCAUUUUAGUAAUAAAUCUAUUUUUAUAAUAAUGUAACUUAAAAUGCCUACCUGCUUGACUUGUGGUUGUUCAGAAACCACUGGGAGAGUUAAACAUAUAAAACCUAUGAUACAAUCAACAUGGAUGGAACUUCCAUAUUAAAUCGCAAUCAUUCUUUAAAAAGAAAACGCUGGAAGAACGCAAACAUGUAUUGCAUGUAAGAAUGGCGGAAUCUCUAAGAAACGCAUUUAAUACUGGUGAGGAUGCUAUUAGCUAUAGAAGAUCACUUGAACAACGGAUGCAAAAGAAUGUUUUAAAAGAGACAGUGCAAAAUCUUAGUUUAACAAGGUUGUCUUUAACAGAAAACAUGAUUAGCCAACCACAAUCACUAGCUAAUGACUUGAUUGAACUUUUAGAUCGUGUUAAAAUUCCAUUAAGUGUUUCCUUCUUGAAUGUGUCUUAUUCUGGCUGGGGUAAGAAAGAUAUGAUUACACAACGUUUCUUAGCUGAUCAUCAGGACAAAUUUUCAUUGGUAGUUCUGGGAAGCGAUCUUAAAGUUCAGUUAAGGUCAAGAAGUAUCGAGGCAAGGUGUACAGAAUCCUCAAAUGAGGUUUUUCAACUAAUUCAGCUAUUUGAGAAAGAUAUUAACAAACUUAAAAUGUUGCGAAAUUCUUUCCAUUCUCAAAAUAUUACUGAAGUCUCUUAUGAUACAUUCAUAACUAAAUAUAGCACAAACAAACACAAAAUGAAUUUGUCCUUUAUCCUUCGAAAUAGCCACUCAUUAGAACUUGUGGUGCAAGAUAGAGGAACGUACGUUCGAUUUUUAAAAGACAACACAAUGAAUGUAAUGAUGACAGAGAAAGAGGUCUGGAAUAUUUUGAUUCUGGAAGGAUUAGACGGUUUCUUAGUUGCUUGUUUAAAAAGUUUGCUCGCCAAAUUUUUUAUACCAAUAAAUCAGGGUACUUUGCAAAGUUGCUUUAAUUUUGGUCCACCCAUUGAUAAGCUCUUCUUGCAACAACACAAUGACGUAUUUCAAGGUGCUGGAGAAGCUGGUGUUACUCUGAAAUCUAACAAAGUGAAUUACACUACCACAAUAAUAAACAAUUCAACACCUUCGAAAAAGAAUGUAGUUCAAAACAAGGAAACAGUUAACAGGGAAGUGUUUACAGUUGAGGAUGUUGCAAAAUCUUCUGGUGAGAAGACUUUUUUAAAGUGUCCUGAAAAUAAAGAAAAUGAAAAUGUUCAAAAAAGCGAAAAAGACGAGACACUGGAAACAGUAAGACAAGCAAUUGAUAAGAAUCAUUCUGUUGUUUUGCUUGGUGAUGGUCAACUAACACCAUUGUUUGUUGAUAUUAACAAAAUGGAUGCAAAAAAACGUUUAAGAGUAUUGUUAUGUAUUCGUGAUGCUAUUGAUAAUGAAUUGUGCAAACGUGAGUAAGGUUAACAAUAAUAAAAUUCAUUCAAAUUUUUACUAUUUAUAAAUUAUAUAUCAUUGUUUUUAUUCUUAUACAGUACAGCUAGAACACAGAUAUUUAACUGUUAUAAAACAAACUUGCAAGCACAAGCUCUGUUUUUUAUAUGAAACAUAACCCUGGAUGUUUCUAAAAUUAAAAAAGACGUUUAUGGCAGGACAUCAAAACGCCUUUUUAUCUAAACCUUGCAUUCAUAUUACCCUUCUUUAAACGUUAGCAUAUGAAGUGAAGGACGAAAAAGAAGAAUCAUUUUGUUUCUAUGGUUGAAAACUGUGUGGCCUAUAUUAUCUUUUAUAUAUCUCAUUGCAUAUUUGUAUAUUUAUGUUUUUAAUUUGCAAUUAGACUAAGCCUUGAAAAUUGUAAGUAUUCAAUUAGUUGCAGUUUAUGUUGGUAGAAUAAUUUAUUUUGUCCCUUCUUUCUCAUUGUGAAAAUUAUUGCAAUUUAUAUGAUUCUUUAUACAGACAUUUUUAACAAAAAGAUCUAGAAGAAUAGUGAAAAAGAGAAAAAUUUGUGGUGAAUAGUUUAGCUAUAGGGAGUCUAGAUUUAUUAAAAAAUCAACCUCAUGUUUUGAGUCCUGGUUUUAUUUUAAACAUCGAAUCAUAUCUAGUAUCUUAUCAAAUUACUUUUUUUAUUAUUUUUACUGAAUAUUUAUUGUAUAUUUCUAAGUAUUAAAUUUAAAUUUCUGUUGUUGUUACUGGUGUUAUGUGU